UACAGAGCGUUUCAAAUGUUAAAAUAAUUUGUGUACACCAAAACAUUAGAAUUAUCGAAGUAAUAAGCGUAAAAAUAAUUUGUAGUUUCUUUACCAUAAUUUUUAUAUCAACGUAACAUAUAAUAUAAGAAUGAGUGACUUUGAUUAUCUUUUUAAGCCUAUAGUUCUGGUAACUGGUUUUGGUCCAUUUUUAAAUCACCCGGUAAACGCUAGUUGGGAGGCUGUGAAGUUAAUGAACAAAGAAGAAAUAGAGAAAAAACAUAACGUUGAGUUUGUUCAGCUGGAGAUUCCUGUAACGUAUGAAAACGUAGAUGAAUUUGUUCCCGCACUCUGGGACACUCAUACUCCUAAGUUAAUGAUCCAUGUUGGUGUUUCAAGUAUUGCUAGUAACAUAACAUUAGAAACACAAGCUCAUCGAAAAGGGUAUCAAAGAUUGGACUACUUCGAUAAAUGUCCAGCAAAUCAUGUCUGCCCUGCCGAAGGAGCUAUAAGAAUUCACACAAAGCUUGACACGGAAAAAAUAUGUAAAGACUUCAAUGACGGAUGUCCACUUGAAGAAACGAGUGCCAUUACUUCUAAAGAUGCUGGCAGAUAUCUGUGUGAAUAUAUAUACUACACAUCACUAAGUGUAGACAACACGAGAACAUUGUUCAUCCAUGUACCAGAUGCUAACAUAUAUUCUUCAGAAAAGACUGCAAGAGCAUUGGAGAGAAUUCUAGAUCUCUGCUUAGAACAAGUAAUUGCAAUGGAUUCAGCCAAAGAAGUCAGAGACUGCAAAGCACUAGCUUAAAAAAUAAUAAUGAAAUUUAAAGUAGAAAAUAUUCUGUAUACAUAUUUGCUGACUUAUUAUAUACAUU